AUGACCACCAGCAACUCUCCGGAGGCUGUGGCCGACCCGGCCAACGCCUCCGCCGCCGCUCCGUAUGGCACUCGUUCGCGAGGGCGCAAUGCUCCUCGCCCCAAUUAUGCAGAGGACCGGGACCUGGAAAUGGAUUUCGAUGCGGCACCCGCCAAGCCCAGCAACAAGUCCAAUGCGGGUGUACCCCCCAUCAACACCGCGUCCACCAGUUCCAAGUCCGACAGUGAGAAGUCCUCGCCGGUGCAGCCCCGGAAACCCAUGACCAAUGGCGCGACCCCGGCAGCACCCAAAGAGUCCAUCCCAGGGACCUCCUCCUUCUCUGCGCGCCCCGAGGAUGCCACUCGGACCAGUUCAGCGCGCAAACGCAAGCAGCCAGCCAGCACACCCAGCGCUGCUGCCGCUAUCCAGGCUCCUCCGGCCAAGAAGGUCUUCACGGCCGCGCCUGGUGGGUCAGAUAGUGUCCAUUUCACCAACAUGAUGAGUUUUGAGACCACCGGCCCUCACCUCAUCGAUGGUCAGAUCACGUCUGACGACGGCACCACGCUGGCUGUGAACGACCACGUCUAUUUGAUCUGCGAGCCUCCCGGGGAGCCGUACUACCUGGCUCGAAUCAUGGAAUUCUUGCCAUCCAAGACCAAAGACUCCGGUGUCAUUGAAGCACUGCGAGUCAACUGGUAUUACCGACCUCGCGACAUCCAGCGCCACAGUGCAGACACGCGGCUGGUGUACGCCUCCAUGCACUCCGACAUCUGCCCGCUCUCUUCCUUGCGUGGGAAAUGUGAGAUUCGCCACCUCUCGGAAAUUGAGGACCUGGGCGCAUACAAGAAGACGCGGAAUGCGUUCUGGUACGACAAGAUGUUCGAUCGAUACAUCCACCGCAUGUACGACGUUAUCCCGACCACCGAGGUGCUCAACGUGCCGCCCAAAGUCAAGCGGGUCCUCGAUGACCGCUGGAAGUUUAUCCUGGUGGAGAUGGGCAAGGGCAAGGACCUGACGAGCGCGGUCAAAACGUGCAAACGAUGUCGGGUGUUUGCGGCGGCGGCAGAUUCCGUGGAUUGUGCAGAGUGUGGCUACACCUGGCAUCUGCGCUGUGUGCGCCCAGCGAUGCAGAAAAAACCCUCUCGCGGCUUCGGGUGGGCGUGUGGCCCCUGCAGCCGGGACCAGGAUCGAAAACUGAAAGCGCGCAGCACGCCCAUGAUUGGCGGUGGCCGGGGGGACGGUGAGGACGAGAUCAUGGAGGAGGAAGAGGAAGACCAUGGCGCGAACGGACUCGUCGAUGGCCUCUCCGACGGCACGCCCGAUGAGAGCGACGACUCGAUGCCCCAACCCGAGACGGCAGAGCAAAUGGCCCAGGCACGAAUGUGGCCGUACCGGUAUUUGGGCAUGCAUUGUGAGCUCGAGGACGCCCUCGAUUAUGACGAUCGAAUCUACCCGCGUGCCAGCUCUCGCCUCGGACCGCGGCACCAAGCGGUUGUCAACCCCUGGCCCGGACGCCGCGUGGAAUACGUCAAGAAGAGCCAGGAGGGGAAACGCAAGGCCCCGAGACAGUCCGGUGGAUCCAAGGCCCCUCCAAAGUCUGGCGAGGCCAAGAACGGGAAGGCGAAGCGGCCGGACUGGGUGCAGGACAAACCCCCGGGCUACAUUGAACGUGGAGAGGAUGAGCCCGUCACCCUCCCCAACGACAAGCAGGGGCGGACGGCGGAGUUGCUCUUCAAAAUGCCCACGGCGGACCAGCUGCCCACCCGUGGCGACGACGAUGCCCCGGGUUCCGAUCUCAGCCCUGCCGACAGGGAGGCCUUUAUCGACGACUACAUGAAACGCGCCAAGGAAUUGGCCCCCUCCCUGGGUGUGGAAUCGUACUCUACCAAUUUCCUGGAUAAGGCUCUUGCCUUGCUGUACUCGGAACGGUUCAAUGCGGACUCGGCUCUGGCCAAAUUGAAAAAGGUCGACCGUGUCAAGGACUUGAAAGAACCCCACUACAAACCCGAAGAACUCAAGCUCUUCGAGCAAGGCGUGGCCAAGUAUGGUUCCGAAUGGCGCAACAUCGCCAAGCACGUCAAGGCGGGCGAUGUCACCAAAGCCGAUGUCUAUCGCGCUGUUCGUUUCUACUACAUGUGGAAGAAGACUCCCCGGGGUCGGCAGGUCUGGGGCAACUACGAGGGACGGCGAGGCAAGAAGGAGGUUCGUCGACAGAGCGUCGCAGCUUCGAAGCUGCUUGACGAUGUGGCCGAUGACCAUGACGAUUCCGCCUUCGACAACGAGAAAGCAGCCAUGUUGAAACGUGGGUUCCAGUGCAAAUUCUGUUCGACGCGCUCAUCUCGACAAUGGCGCCGGGCACCGCUGGUCCCGCCCGGCACGACGGUACCGUCAGACCCUACCGCCAAGAAAGACAAGGGCCCCCUGCUCACGGUCUGUCUGUGCCUUCGCUGCGCGCUGCUCUGGCGGAAAUAUGCCAUCCAAUACGAGGACAUUGAUGAAAUCGGCAAGAGAAUUGCAGCGAGCGGGAACAAGUCUUGGAGACGGCGAAUCGAUGAAGAGUUGCUGGCCCAGAUCAUCGUCGCGACCGAGACCCCCUUCACGAUCAACAGCCUGACCGCCACGACCGCCUCGUCGAUCGGCAUCCCGGUCGACCUCAACCCUCACCUGCACCAAGAAAGCAAGCAGGACAAGAAGAAGCCGCGCGCAGAAGUCCCGAGCGCCACCACGUCGGCCGCCACCUCCGUGGAGCCCAUGCCCAAAAAGAAGGAGAAGGUGCCGACUAUCGAGAAGCCUGUUCCCGAAACGCCUCCGUUGAUCCCCGACCCGCCCCGCGCCAAAACUCUUCCUUGCGCUAUUUGCGACCAAAUCGAGCCUGCUGGCGAUGAGCACAUCUCUUGUCGCGAUUGCCGCUUGACUGUCCACCGCAGCUGCUACGGCAUACCGUCAUUCCGAGCCGGAAGCAAGUGGCUUUGCGACAUGUGCGCAAACGACCGCAGUCCUUCCAUCUCCACCAACUACGAAUGUGUCCUGUGCCCCGUUAUCCAUACCGAGCACGAGCUGAUGGAGACAACAAAGAACACUAGUCGCAAGAAGUCCGAUCGUGACAAGGAAAAAGAGCGCCUCGAAAAGGAGAUGGUCAUUGAAGCCGGGAAGCUCUAUCGCCAGCGGCAAGAAGCCGUGGGCAAGCCAAUCGGGCCCCGGGAGCCACUCAAACGGACUGCAGGAAACAACUGGGCUCACGUCGCCUGUUCCCUGUGGACGCCCGAAAUCAAGUUCGGGGAUGCGAACGAGUUGGAACCCGCCGAGGGAUUUGGGUCCAUCGCGAAGGAGAGGUGGCGCCAGGAAUGCAAGAUCUGCAAAUCUUCCAAGGGGGCUUGCGUGCCUUGCCAUUUGGCUGGAUGCAAUGAGCACGUUCACGUUGGCUGCGCGGUCCAAGCAAAGUAUCGUCUGGGAUUCGAGGUGGCGCCAGCAAAGGGGGCUCGCAAAGACCAUGUCCAGACUGUCCGUCUGGGCACGGAGCACGGUGUCCUCACGCCCGUGAUUUACUGUCCAAGUCACCCUGUCACGAGUGGCGUGCAUGGAAUUGGCGAAUCGACCGAGACUGACGGUCUCAAUGUACUCCAGCUGUUUGCGCGAACCUACAAGCAAGCUGACCUGACCUUGACUGGAACAUCUCGGAAAGCAGCCUAUGUGCAGCAGUCGGUCAUGCCCCCGGCCCAUCACAGCAACGGGGCCGCGCAUCGACGCACGUCUACUGCGACGGGCAUCGGUGCUGGAUCCAAGGAGCAUUCUCGCCCCAGACCUGUCGCCGACGACACUGCAGACGAGAUGGAUAUCGACACGGAAGACAAGGCGCCCGCCCCCAAGGCCGCGCCGCGCAUGUCUACGAAUCGAAAGUGCGUUCGAUGCGCGACUGAAAGUAGCCCGAAAUGGUGGCCGACGACCCGACGCGGCGAUUCACGCCCUUCCUUGGCGCCUAACGGAGCUGCGAUCAAUCCCGACGGGUCUUUGUUCCCUUCCCCCCGUCUCCAUCCUUAUGCGCAGAGCAAUGGAGAUCUGGUAGAGACGGCUGUCGAAUGCCACAAGUGUCAUACAAAACAUCCACCGGUCCCCGAGCCUGCUCCCGAGCCUCGACUCUCUCCCUAUCCAACCCAGCGCCCACCGAUGUUCCCUGCGCCGCGUAUGACACCGACUCACAACGGCCACGUUCCCAAUGCCAGCCAUGGCCCUGCACUUGGCCAUACCUUUGCGCCACACUCCCACUCACAUCCGCCCCCGCCACCGGCGCCAACCAGCGUGCUUGGACGGCCUCUCCCCCCGGCUCAUCCACACAAUGGUCUCCCCGGGUACCCGGGGUAUGAUCAACGUUCGGGUCGCAGUCCAGAUAUGCGCAAUGGCAUCUCACCCUCUCCCUACCCAUCCGGACCUCCUCCGCCUCCGCCUCCCCAUCACCUCGGAGGCUACCCACCGGCUCAUCCUCCCUCGCCCUUUGGCACCGGACCACCCCCUCCACCCCCUCCGGCUCCGACGUACGGUGUGCAUCAGAGCCCCUAUGCUCCCAUCUCCGCCCGGUCGCCACAUCUCUCUCACGCGCCGCGGGCUUAUCCUGCUUCCGCAUCGCCACCCAUGGCGCAAGCGGCGAUCAGCCGUUCUCCGCAGACGUCUCUGAGUGCGCUCAAUGGAGGCCUGCCCCCACGCCUCUUCUCAACCGUCGAGCGUGACAUGAGUGCUCCCUCUCAUUCACCACCAUCCACUCACGCCCGGCUCGAUCCACGUGGCCCAACUCCUCCCAUGCGAGCCGAUCCCUCGACAUCCUUCGCCAGUCUUCUCGGCCGGAACUCCAGCACGCAACGGCAUUCCGGUGUCGCCGGGACGAGUGCCGCGAGCUCGGGAGCGAGUGCAAGCCCGUCCCUCAAAAUCUGCUUUCCUAAUUGGUUGUCCAUUCCCCAAAGUUUGACGUGUUUUUGA